AUGGCCUCAUCAUCACAAACAAUUUGCUCUGAACGUACGUCAACUGCAAAUUAUAAACGUAAUGGUUCUAAGAAAACCUACUGUAAAUUUCAUAGUAAUCAACAGCAAAAACUUCUUGAUGAACAACUCGAUUGGUUAACUGUCGAUCAUGAUGAUCUACAGCAGAAGCUCUUAGAUCAUGAAUCAACACCCAACUAUCAUCCAUCAAUGUCUGUCAUAGAUAAAUGGGAACAAGAGUCUAUAGCACGUAUUCAAAACAUAGCAGUGCUUGCUCGUCGAAGACUUCUUGAAGUUUUAAAUCAACAUAUGGUGGAAGUGAAAAACGAAUUAAACACAUUAACACCAAAAAUGCGUGAAGCAAGGAAUCGUAUUAAACCUUUCGAUGACACUAGUAUACAAGAAUGGAAAACUUUAUUACAGAAUUUGAAGAAAGUACCAGACUAUCCUGUCAUAAAUGACGAAAGCAAUAUAAUAUACGGAGUGACUAUUGAUACAAAAAAGAAACAGCAAACUUUUCAAAUCGAUCCUAAUCCUCCUGUUGAACCACAUGCACCUGUUUUAAUUUCUAAUGCUCAUAAUAUUUCUCCUUCGAUAUCAAAGAAAUACGAAACUGGAGAUCAAACAACACGUGCAAGUACAUCAACAUCUAAGAAAAACGAUGAUAGUAAAAGAGUAACAAUCAAUAAUAUUACUUCGACCCGAUCGCACAAUGUCACGCCAGGAGGAGUUCUCAUUAUUAGAGAAGAAGAAAAGAACAUUACUCCACCUGUUGUUACACCUGCUUCACGUGUUCGACGUGCUCAUGCUGAAAUUCCAUUCGAUUCGGGAACAUAUUAUCCGCUUCGUGGACCAGCAACUAUUUAUGGAUAA